AUGGUCUAUCGCGCCAGUCCUCCAGUUAAAUUGGCUACCAAAGCGUCAAUUUCAUCACAAAUACAACAAAGUAAUAACACCUCUCAACGUGUCAUCUUCACUCAAGCACAACAACAGUCAAACCAACAGCGGCGGCCGCAGCCAUUACAACUAAAUCCAAUACCUGCCCAGCAAUUAUAUGUUUCAAAUGUUCAACCUAAUCCACAUAUACAGCCGGAAGAAACACAUAUAAAUCCAUUAUAUAACGAAAUGGCAAAUCAAUUUGUAAAAGGGGAGAUUAACAUUAUCUGUCAAGAACAAUAUUUUAGUGAUUUAUAG